UGCAGAAGCGCGCUAAAGUCAAGCACUGCUGUUAAAGAGACGGAGUUUUAAUUUCAAAGAACAAGAAACAGUGAUUUGCUGCCAUAGGCAUUGUGACUGUGUGUCUGCAGCAGGGCUCUGAGUGUGUCUCUGGGAUGUGUGGCCGCACUGCGUGCACGCUGACCCCGGGCGAGGUGAGUGCCGCCCCUGAUACUAACUCCUCUCGGAUUGUGUCUGCAGCAGCGCUCUGAGCGUGUCUCUGGGAUGUGUGGGCGCACUGCGUGCACGCUGACCCCGGUCGAGCAGCGCUCUGAGCGUGUCUCUGGGAUGUGUGGCCGCACUGCAUGCACGCUGGCCCCGGGCGAGGUGAGUGCCGCCCCUGAUACUAACUCCUCUCGGAUUGUGUCUGCAGCAGCGCUCUGAGCGUGUCUCUGGGAUGUGUGGCCGCACUGCAUGCACGCUGGCCCCGGUCGAGGUGAGCGCCGCCUGUUCGUAUCGUGACCGGCAGGGCAGGAUCAGAUGCCCGGCCUGGAGGGAUGGAGACCAGGACAAGUACAGGCCUUCCUACAACAAGAGCCCGCAGAGCAACAGCCCUGUGCUGGUCUCUCGCAGCCACUUCAGCAAGGGUGCUGCGAGUGAGGAGCGUGUGAUCGCAGCCAUGCGCUGGGGCCUCGUCCCAUCCUGGUUCCAGGAGAGCUCCCCCUCGAAGAUGCAGUACAGCACCAGCAACUGCCGCAGCGAAGGGAUGAUGCAGAAAAAGUCCUAUAAGGACCCUCUGUUAAGGGGGAAGCGCUGUGUGAUCCUGGCUGACGGCUUCUAUGAGUGGAAGAGGCAGGACAAGGAGAAGCAGCCGUACUUCAUCUACUUCCCCCAGGCCACGAGGGACGAGGAAGAGGUACUGGGUGUGGAGGGAGAGGACUCUGAGGAGUGGAGGGGCUGGAGGCUGCUCACAAUGGCCGGCCUAUUCGAUUGCUGGACUCCCCCAGGGGGAGGGGAGCCCCUGUACACCUACACCAUCAUCACUGUGGGGGCAUCCAGGGCAAUGGACUGGGUGCACGACAGAAUGCCUGCCAUCCUGGAUGGGGAGGAGGCAGUCAGGCAGUGGCUGGAUUUCGGAGCGGUCAAGCCUCUUGAGGCGAUGAAGCUCAUUCACCCCACUGAAGCCCUCUGCCUUCACCCGGUCUCCAGCAUCGUCAACAACUCCAGAAACAACACCCCAGAGUGCAUCCAACCCAUUGAACUGGGGGUGAAGAAGGAAGCAAAGCCGUCCGCCAGCAGUAAAAUGAUGCUGAACUGGUUAAAAACUGAGUCUCCCAAGAAGGAAGGUGGCGCCACAGAGUCUCCGGCGCGUCCACCUAAGAAGCAGCAGGAAGGGGGAGCGAAGAGGGGCAGUGAGGGGCUGAUGCAAGCCUGGCUCAGGAAAGCAGAGAGCUGUGAGCCUGCAAAGAAACCACGAACAAACUGACACACUGUGCUUGAGCUGCAUGAGCCAGUGCCGGGACCCUGGGACAGUGCGAGAGGACUGUUCUGUCAAAGAGGUCUUUGCAUUGAAAGAGAGAGAGAGAGAGUGUGAUUUGAAAUAAGCCCUUAAUUUUGUUUGUGUCCCAUGUUUUCACUGCGGAGUUGAAUUUAAUUAUUAAAUGAUUAAAGGUUGCCAUAUCCAGUAACCAGAGCAGUAAA